AUGUCAGAACCGUCGAAAUCGCUGGAGGAGGCCGUGGACUCGAUUUUAGAAGCAAGCGGGGACCUGGUGCUCAAGCUGGGUAGCGAACGAGGGCGGCUGGUUCCAAAUGCUGGGGUAGACGUCUCCGAACUAAACAAGUGCAUUCACGACUACCAAAAGCAACUGGACCUCGUGGAACUGGAAAUAAGGCAAGGGCUUCAUCAGAAUUAA